CAUGAACUCACCCACCCCACUCCCUCCCUUUUUAAUUUUUUCUCUUUUUUUUUCUUCCCGUUUUAUUUUUUUUUAUUUUAUUUUUUUUCCCUCCAUUUUUAUUCCCCCCCCCCCGUUGCCCCUCCCCCAUCUCCAGUCAUCGUCAUCACCCUUAGCCCCGCCCCCGCUCCGUCCCAGCGAGCAGCCCUGCAGCUGCCCCUGGUGAGUGAGGGGGGCCGGGGGGGCCCCCCCGAGAGCCCCCAGCCCACGCCCCCCCCCCGGCCCCGGCAGAUGCUGGGGCUGCCCCCGCCCCCGUUCCUGGUGCCGCGCAGCCUGGAGAGCAUUGAGAUCGACCAGAAGCUGCAGGAGAUCAUGAAACAGACGGGGUACCUGACCGUGGGGGGCCAGCGGUACCAGGCAGAGAUCAAUGACCUGGAGAACCUGGGCGAGAUCGGCAGCGGCACCUGCGGGCAGGUGUGGAAGAUGCGAUUCCGCAAGACCGGGCACGUCAUCGCCGUCAAGCAAAUGCGUCGCUCGGGGAACCGCGAGGAGAACAAGCGGAUCCUGAUGGACCUGGACGUGGUGCUCAAGAGCCACGACUGCCCCUACAUCGUGCAGUGCUUCGGCACCUUCAUCACCAACACCGACGUGUUCAUCGCCAUGGAGCUCAUGGGCACCUGCGCCGAGAAGCUCAAGAAGAGAAUCCAGGGCCCCAUCCCCGAGCGCAUCCUGGGCAAGAUGACGGUGGCAAUCGUGAAGGCGCUGCUGUACCUGAAGGAGAAGCACGGGGUGAUCCACAGGGAUGUCAAACCCUCCAACAUCCUGCUGGACGAGCGGGGCCAGAUCAAACUCUGCGACUUCGGCAUCAGCGGCCGCCUGGUGGACUCCAAAGCCAAGACCCGGAGCGCGGGCUGUGCGGCCUACAUGGCGCCCGAGCGCAUCGACCCCCCCGACCCCACCAAGCCCGACUACGACAUCCGCGCCGACGUCUGGAGCCUCGGCAUCUCCCUGGUGGAGCUGGCCACGGGGCAGUUCCCGUACCAGAACUGCAAGACGGAUUUCGAGGUGCUGACCAAGGUGCUGCAGGAGGAUCCCCCCCUGCUGCCCCCAGCCAUGGGCUUCUCCGGGGACUUCCAGGCCUUCGUCCGAGACUGCCUCACCAAGGACCACAGGAAGAGACCAAAGUACAACAAGUUACUGGAGCACACCUUCAUCAAGCGCUACGAGACGCUCGAGGUGGACGUGGCCACCUGGUUCAAGGACGUGAUGGCCCGGACAGAGUCCCCGCGCCCGGGGGGUGGCCUGGGCCACCACCUGCCCUUCUUCACCAGGUAGCGCCCCGCCCGGCGCCGCCACGCCCGGCAGGGGACACCGGGGACAGCCCUGGGACACCGGGCACAGCCCUGGGACAGCCAGGACAGCCCUGGGACACCGGGCACAGCCGGGCCACCUCCAGGGACAGGGACAACUGGGACACUGCCUGGUGCCACCACGCCCGGCAGGGGACAGCCGGGCCACCUCUGGGGACAGGGACAGUCCUGGGACACUGCCUGGUGCCACCACGCCCGGCAGGGGACAGCCGGGACAGCUGGGACAUCCCCUGUGACACACCAGGGACAGCCGGGACAGCCCUGGGACAGGGACACCUGUGACACCCACUGGGGGUGGUGACACAUGUGCCACCUCCCUGCGCCACCCCCCUGUGCCACCCGCCUGUGACACUCAGCGUGACGGUGACACUUCCACGGCCACCACAGCCCCGGCCUGGCCUGGAGUGUCCCAGCGUGUCCCAGCGUGUCCCUGCCAUCCCGGCUGUCCCCUCCCACUGUCCCCACCUUCCCGAGGCCAGGGGACACCCCUGUCCCCUCUGUGUCCCCCUGGCCACGCCUCAGUUUCCCACAGGAUCCCGUGUGGGGACAGGACGGGGAGGUGGCACCGAGGGUGUGACACUCUGGGAUGUGACACUCGGAGGUGACACUCUGGGAGGUGGCCCAGGGACAUGGACACGGCUGGGGGAUGUGACAUGGGUGUGACGCCGGGGCCUGGGGAUGUGACACUUGGCCCCAAGGGGACAUUGAGGGGACACGUAGGUGGCACCAGGAUGUGGGGAUGUGACACGGAGAUGGCACUCGGGGACACGGAGAUGGCGCAGGAACGGGGGACGGGACAGCGUGGAGAGCCAGCACGGGGAUGUGACAGCGAGGGACAGCGAGGGGACACGGAAGGAUGGCACCGGGAUGUGACACGAGGAUGGCACCAGGACGUGACAUGGGCAUGGCACUGGAACCUGACACGGGGACACAGGACACAGAACAGAGAUGGCACCAAGAUGGCACAGGACAAAAGUGGCACUGGGAAGUGACAUGGGGACACAGGAAUGGCACCAGGAUGGCAGCGGGAAGUGACACAGGACAGAGAUGGCACCAGGAUGGCACCAGGAUGGCACAGGACGGAGGUGGCACCAGGAAGUGACACAGGGACACAGGACAGAGGUGGCACCGGGAAGUGACACAGGGACACAGGAAUGGCACCUGGAUGGCACCGGGAAGUGACACAGGACAGAGAUGGCACCAGGAUGUGGCACAGGGAUGGCACCGGGAAGUGACGCAGGGACAGAGACGUCCCCAGGCUGUGACACGGGGAUGGCACAGGACAGGGAUGUCCCCGGGCUGUGACAAUGGGGACACGGCACUGAAGGACACGGAGUGGUGGCCUGGGGACACGGACACAUCACGGACGUGACAUCGCAGGGCCCAGUCCCGGGAUGUGACACCAAGGAUGUGACACCAAGGAUGUGACACCGGGAUGUGACACUGGGCUGUGACACCAGGGCUGUGACACCGGGAUGUGACACCGGGAUGUGACACUGGGGGCACGGCCCGGGGUGGCCCCGGUGGCGGGGCCGUGGUGGCACGGUGACAAUCAGGGCCGGGCCGUGUCCCCGCCGUGUCCCCGCUGUCCCCAAGGCCAGCAGGUGCAGUUUUAGUGCAUUGGGGGCGCGGGCGGCGCCGCCCCCCCUCACCCUCAUUAAUUAUUAUUAUUAAUUAUUAUUAUUAAUUAUUAUUAUUAUUAUAAAUGCGCAUGUGGAACCCGA